CCCGCGCUCUCCUCUCCGGCGGCGGCGCGCGCGGCAGGAUGGAGCCGGCGGCGCUGGAGCGGUUCCACAGCCCUGGCAAGGGCAGCGGCCUCCGCUCCCGCCGCAGCGUGCGGCCCGGAGAGCUGCUCUACAGCGACGUGCCCUUCGCCUACGUCCUCACCAAGCAGCAGCUGGGCAGCGUGUGCGAGCGCUGCCUGCGCAGGAAUGAAAAUCUGCACAGGUGCUCUCAGUGCAAGGUUGCUAAAUACUGUGGUAGAUCUUGUCAGAAAGAAGCUUGGCUGGACCACAAGCAGGAAUGCAAGUGUCUUAAGAGCAUCGAGCCCAAUUUUCCUCCAGACUCUGUCAGACUUGCUGGAAGGAUUGUUUUUAAACUACUCAGACAAUCAGUAUGCCCUUCUGAGAGACUCUAUUCUUUUUCUGAUCUUCAGUCAAACACUGAACGGCUAAGUGAAGAAAUGAAAGAUGGCCUCAGGCACCUUGCACAGACUUUGCAACUGUAUUUGAAAACUGAGAUCCAGGAUGAGUCUCAAUUGCCACCUGCAAUUGACUUUUUUCAGAUCUUCACAAAAGUGACCUGUAACUGUUUCACCAUCAGUAAUGGAGAGAUGCAGGAUGUUGGUGUUGGCCUGUAUCCCAGCAUGUCUUUACUGAACCACAGCUGUGACCCAAACUGCGUGAUCGUUUUUGAAGGAUACCAGCUUUUACUUCACUCUGUCCGAGAGAUCCAGAUUGGUGAAGAGCUCACCAUCAGCUACGUUGAAUCUCUGAUGCCUACCAGGGAACGCCAGAAGCAGCUGCUGCGCCAGUAUUGCUUUGAAUGUGAUUGUCCACUCUGCCAGAAUCAAGAGAAGGAUGCUGAGAAAUUGGCUGGUGAAGAGCAUGCCUGGAAAGAAGUCAAAGAUGCUGUAAAUGAAGUGAGAUAUCCAAAAUCAAAAGAAGAGUGGAAGCAUGUUCUGGCAAGGUGCCAGAAUCUCUUGAGCAACAACGAGGGUCAUCUACCAGAUACAAAUAUCUAUCAGCUGAAAAUGCUUGACUGUGCCAUGGAUGCCUGUAUUAACCUUGAAUCCUGGGAAGAAGCAUUGUAUUAUGGCAGCAGGACUCUGGAACCAUACAGACUGUAUUAUCCUGGCUUCCAUCCACUGAGGGCUGUCCAGCUGAUGCGAGUGGGCAAACUGCAGUACAGUCAAGGCAUGGUUCCUCAGGCACUGGAAACCUUGAAACAGGCCUAUAAUAUUAUGAAGGUGACCCAUGGGACAGAUCACAGCCUGAUGAAAGUCUUGAUGGACAUAAAGGAAGAGUAUGAGGCCACGAUGAGAAUACAGUGAAGAUAAUCUCUAGUCUGGAAAACAAAAUAUUUAAGGACAAAGAAGAUGUUUUUUAUUUAAUUGUGAAGGUUCUCAAUGGUUUUAGUGUCUUUUCUAUAGGUCCUAUUUGCUUUACAAAAAGGUUUAAUAUUAGUUUUGCUGUAUGGUCUUAAUUGAGUGGAUGUUUGGCAGAUUUCCUGUAAUUUUCAGAGGGUUUUUUGUGUCAUCAAUCAUCAGUCUUAUUGACAAUAACUAAAAACCUAAUUAUUUGCUUGUAAGUAUUGGCAAAAUGCAUACAGAGUCUUCAUCAGUUACAAAGUGAUCUAAUUCCACUGAUAUCAACAGUCAUUUUUUUAUGACUUUUAUGAAUUGCUGGCAUCUAUUUAUGCCAGCAAUUAGGAACCUCUUGUCAGACUCUUAUAAAUUAAGAGAAUAUACUUUUUUCCCUUUACCUUGCCCUUUGGUAUGGUUUCCGAAAGCCUGAUCCAGUGCUUUUUGACAUCAAAUAAGUUUCCUAUUGUUUUAUAUGGGAUUUUCUUCCCUCCCAAUAGAUCUGCAGGGCUUUGUCUGUCUUCUUCUUUCAUUUCAUACCUUAUCAUAUUGAAUACUAAAAUGGAUUAA